AGUCUGUGUACUCCGUUCGAUUUCUCAACUAUUUUUUGUGAUGAGAAUGAAUCGCUUGGUUGCCAUCUUGUAUAUGAACAAAGGUUUAGUUGAUUAUAAUUUGUUAAUAUAAAGUCUUUUCUGUUUGGCCUGUGUUAUUAAAUUGUAUCUUUAGACUAUGCCAGGAUUAUUGUAUUAUAUUUUAACAUAGCUAUGGCUGCUACAAGAAAGCUGCAAGGUGAAAUAGAAAGGUGCUUAAAGAAAGUGACGGAAGGCGUGGAGACGUUCGAGGACAUCUGGCAGAAGGUGCACAAUGCGACGAACAGCAACCAGAAGGAGAAGUACGAGGCCGAUCUCAAGAAGGAGAUCAAGAAGCUGCAGCGACUCAGAGACCAGAUCAAGUCGUGGAUCGCGUCCGGCGAGAUCAAGGACAAGAGCACGCUGCUCGACUAUCGAAAGCUUAUCGAAACACAAAUGGAAAGGUUCAAAGUAGUCGAGAGAGAAACAAAGACAAAAGCUUACUCCAAAGAGGGUCUGGGUGCGGCGCAAAAGAUGGACCCGGCGCAAAAGGAGCGUGAAGAGGUGAGCACAUGGCUGGUGAACUCGAUAGACUCAUUGAACCAACAGCUGGACCAGUUUGAGUGCGAGACAGAGUCGCUGUUGGCCGGAAAGAAGAAGCGGCUAGACAAGGACAAGCAGGAUCGCAUGGACGAGCUAAAGUCAAAGUUGGAACGGCAUCGCUAUCACAUACGAAAACUCGAAACACUGCUGCGUAUGCUAGAUAACAUGUCUGUCGAAGUGCAACAGAUAAAAGGCAUAAAAGAGAACGUAGAGUACUACAUAGACAGUUCGCACGAACAGCAAGGCCUAGAGGAGAGCGAGUACAUCUACGACGAUAUAAUCGGACUGGACGAGAUCGAACUGUCAGGCGUCGGUCUGCCGUCGUCAGCAACGACCGACGACAGCAACGGCGGGUCGCCAACGUCGAUGACGUCAUCGCCGGCCGCGUCGCCGCCUCUCGGGGGCAGUGCCGCCUCUGUGACGGGCGCGGGAGGCCUCAAUCACAACCAUUCCGGCAGCGGUAGUGAGAGCAAUGCCGCCUCCACCACCAUCAACAAUGUCAGCAAUAAUGGAGGCGGUAGUGUAGAGGAGAAACGCGAGAAGAAGAAGGAGGUUGUUGGUAGCACCCAGGAGCAGAUACAGAAUAAGAGCGUAGUAAAACCGACAGCCGUCCGAGCCACGAGUGCGCUGCUAAACUCGACAACAGGCGCGCCCAACAACAGCACCAACAGUCAACAACAGCUGAAAAACAACAACAUGGCGGCGGGGGCAACGUCGCCCAACAACCUUCUGGUAGCCAAUCACAACAACAAUAACAAACUGCAACAUCAGACGCCCAACAACAGUUCGCCGUCGUCGGGGGGAGGGGGACACAACAACAGCAACAACAACCACAGUCAGCAGAACCACACCUCCUCCUCCGCCGCGUCCGCGUCUGCGACGGCAGCCGCAGUUGCGGCCAGCAAUUUCGCCGCAGUCGCGGCAGCGGCUGUCACCGGUAUACCGCAGACGCAACUCUCCAAUAAGAUUUCUUCACACUUGACAGAGAACGGGACUGAGCUGCACAACAACAUAGGCAGUCGCUCGUCCUCCUCACCUCCCUCCUCAGUGAGCAGUGCCGAGUCGCCGGCCACUCAGUCGCAGCCACUAGUCGCCAGUCGGCCGUCGCCACCCAGUCGCGCCACAGCGACAGUCACCCCACCACCACCCUCGCAACAGCAGCAGCAGCAGUCGGCUGCGGCGCUGCUUGCGGCGAGGUGUGCGGCUGCGGCGGCCGCCGUGGAGCAGGCUGCGGCACUCACGUCGCUCAAGUGCAUCGCGCAGCAGGUCAUCGACAAGGCCGGCCUCAUGCCUAAUGAUGCCAGCGCCACUGCGGCCAACCCAACUGAACAGGCCGCUAGAGGUCUAUUCGACAGCAGUAGCAGUCAGAGCGGUGGUCCAAAGGGUGGCUCUAAGGGGGGCACAGACACAUCUCGCAACCUGGCGUCGUUGACGUCGGAAGCGCACAUUCCGCCCCUACUGGGUGUGGCGCCCCUCGGCCCCGUGCCCCUCCAGAAGGAACACCAGUGCCAGUUCCAGAUGAUGGAGGCCGCCUACUAUCACAUGCCUCAUCCCGCCGACUCGGAACGCAUACGCCAGUAUCUGCCUCGCAACCCCUGUCCUACGCCACCUUACUACAAUCAGGUGCCGCUAGCCCAUUCGGAUACUCUGGAAUUCUUUCAGAGACUGUCGACGGAGACACUAUUCUUUAUCUUCUACUACAUGGAAGGUAGUAAAGCACAGUAUAUGGCCGCUAAAGCAUUGAAAAAGCAGUCGUGGAGGUUCCACACAAAGUACAUGAUGUGGUUCCAGCGACACGAAGAGCCCAAACUCAUCAACGAAGAGUACGAGCAGGGAACGUAUAUCUACUUUGACUAUGAGAAAUGGGGGCAGAGGAAAAAAGAGGGCUUCACUUUCGAAUACAAGUACUUAGAGGACAGGGACUUGAACUGAGACAGACCGCGCACUACAACACUUAUCCUACUCUUAGUACUAUUACAACUACUCAGACGGAACAAAACAAACAAAACAAAAGUUAUUCUGUUUUACUUCUCCUGCAAAAUGUAGAAAAUGGGAGUUAAUUGUGUUUGAAAGCCAGGUUGUCUCGCUCAUCGUCCCUCCUUGUCCAACGUAUUGUGAUCUCACUCUGGUGUGUGUGCAGCAAAGUGGCAAACAAUGGUUGUCUCUCUCUCUCUCUCUCACUCGCUCUUAAAUUACAAAUAAACUAAUUAGCUUAGUUUGAAAUUAUUUUCUGUCUUGCGAAUCAACUACGUCUUCACCGUUUUUUUAGUUUCUGUUUUUUCAUCUGUAAACCGAUGUUUUAGGGUAUAGUGAACUGAAUUCAAUUCAGUUGCACCAAGUUAUCUACCUCUUACCACCCCACCCCAAAAAAAAUCGAAAAACCAAUGCUCAAAAGCAUUCCAAAUACCUGAUUUCCUCAAAGGUUUCUACGUUUCUUUAUUUACUUCCAUUAAAAAUGUUUAUUGGCAAUUAUAUUUAUUUAAUUCUCCAACAUGUCUGUCCAAUAACUUCAAAAUUAAUACAUACAUUAUUUCGUUUGAAUAGUUCUAAAAUUAUCCCCAAAAUCAGGUCCUGUUUUCUAUCAGUCAUAUAAGUUAUGUCCCAUUCAAUAUUAUUUAAAACAAAAAAAUGGCUCUAGUUUAACUUGUAUUAAAUACACCAUCCUCCCAACUAUCCAAUAGUUUGAAGGUGGUCUGAAUCUUAUGCAAAACAGCUUUAAAUAAUGUUGUUAAUUGGUUAAAUUUUUAUUAUUGUAUCUAAUUGAAUGAAUAUUUGCAAACAAUAAGAGAUGCAUCUCUUGAAUUUGGUUAAAUAGAAAUUAAUUAUGUUGAUGAGAAACACUCAAAGUGUUGAAACUUGUUCUAUUUUUGUGGUGAUAUGAUUUGAUUUGUUUAGAUGAUUAAUGUAUUUGUUUGAGAAGUAGUUGUUCAAUAUGAAGUGAGAAAUGAAAUCAAAUUGUUGAAAUGGCAGAAAUUUGAAAAACGGUGAAGCAGUUUGAAAAUUUUCAAUUAGGAUGAAAUUUGAAAAGCUUUGGUUGAGUAUACUUCGCGUAGUGACUUUGAAAUUCGUGCUUAGCCCUGGGAUAUGUGUACCCUAGGACCACCACCGUCUAGUAAAGAAAUUAUUUUUCUAUAUGUGAUAUAAAAAUAUGAAACACUCAUGGUGAAAAAUCAACUAUUUGUAUAUCUUGUGUAAAUAUUAUGUUAAUAAAACAAAAUGAAUGACUUAGCUUACUGAGUGCAAAAAUGGUAUGUAUACAAUUUUCUACUACAGUAUUCAAAGCCGGCUGCACACGUCUAGAUUUUGACAAAUUUAGUUGAUAAUAAUUAUUCUAAUUCAUUUCUCUCUACAUUGUGUCUUUAAUUAGAUUUAUAGGAGCUGUUUUCAUCAAUUGUUGUACAGUUACGUGUAUAGUAGAGACAUUUAGUGUAUGUAAAUCGAUUUUUAAUUUGUAAAUAAGAUUUUUUAUACAAUGUAUCUCAUUGAAGAUUGAAUGAUAUCAUUUAUCGGAUAUUUCUAUUUUACUUACCUGAAUAAUAAAACUAUUGUUGUUCUUCAUAAUAAAAAAAAAGAAAAAGAAGCAAAAACAAGAAUUGUUCACAGUACAAAGUAAUGUAAAGACAAUUAUUAAUUAAUGUAAUUGGCUUUAGAACAAGUCCAUAUCUUUCUAAAGAAAUCUUGAUAUUCUGGUAAAGUGUCACGGUCCUGAUGAAGAAGAAGGAGAAGAAUUCUAAUCUAAUACGUCAAUCAACAACUAGCUCAUACCAAAUGAACCAUUAUGACAAUAAUGUUGUUGACUAGAUAUUAAUCUGUAAAUUGAGUCACCUUUUGCAUAAAUACACCGACCCCGAACAAAAUUUUACGCUAAGAUUUAGUAAGCCAAUACAAACAAAACAAAACAUAUUCAUUAUUUUCGGUCGUUUAUUUGAUAAACAAUUUGUAUCACUAAAAGGUUUUUCUGAAAUUUCGCAGAUUUUUCAUCAAUAAAUGUUUAAAUCGGAACACUUCGAAAAGUUUAUGGAUGAUCGUUCAAAACUUUUCGAUUUGUUCUAAUUUGAAACGUUUAGUCAAAUUUUGUUUCAUAAUCCAGUAAAUGUUCUUUGUGGUUGAUAAAUUUUCCACUGUGAUGGAACAUUAAACUAGUAUCUACUUUCCAAUUCUAGUAUCAGAAUAGAAUUCUUUUGAUCUAUUGUGUUGUUUUAUAUAUCUUGAAAAGUGUGUGAAAAAUUGGUUGUAAGCUUGUGUUUUCUUCAUUGAGUCUUGCUUUUAAUAAUUUAAUUACUAGUUCAGAAUGCUCUUUGUUAAUUUUGUCUCGUCAAUGAUUGUCAUCAGUGUAGUUGAUAUAGUUUAAUUUGUUUUUAUUUCUUUUUCUUUUUUUAAUUUAGUGAUAGUAACUGUGAUAUAUGAAGCAGACGACUGAGCUACAAGGUAUUGACUUAGAGUGUACAUUACUUCUUUUGGAACUGCUUUGUGUUCUGUGGUAUUAUUAGCUUUUUGGACGAAUCGACUAUAUAUUUUUUGCAUUUUGUAUCACACUGCUGAUUGAAUUUGUGUUGUUAAUUGAUUUCUCGCUUGAAAAUCGAGUGAUGUUUGGCUUAAGGAUUGGUUUAACUUACUGGAAGGCCUUCAAAUUUGAUCAGGAAACCUCAAGUUUUUCAAAUUAUUUAAUCUCAGUUCUGACCCCCAUAAUCACUGCUUUCAAUGCUUUUUUUGUAGGCUACUUAUCAAGCUACUGAAAUGUCUCGAAAUAGAUUGAAAUUAGAAAUAAGUAUAUUUCUAUAGCUUUAUAAGUAGUUCAACAAACUUCAGCCUUUUUAAAAAAAUACAAAGUUAAAAAUAACAAGAGUUAAUUAUUAUCUUUAAUAUUGAAGCCAUAAUAAGGAAUCAAAUAGCUUUUUUAAAUAAUUUUUAUGGUUUUCUUCUACUUAUCAUUUAUCUAUCAAAGUAUUCUGUUCCAUCCAUUCAAAUAGAUAAUUUAGAACUAUAAUAAUUUAGAAAAUUUAUUUAGAAUCAAAUACAUUCACUUUCUUGUGUAGAAUUAUCUAUUCUGAACCUGCAUAGGGUUUUCUGAUGUUACAUUUUCAAUAUUGAAGUUCAAGAUAUUUUCUAUCUAAAACAAACUAAUUUCAUGAUUUUUACAAGCAGAUCAGUACCAAUUCACCCAUAGUGUUAGUUGAUGAAUUUCUUAUAAAAGUUCCAAAUGAUAGGAUUUAUUGAAUGAUGG